CACGGCUCCACCAUUAACACGAAAAGCACCUUCAUCUUCGUCACCAGAGUAGUCAAUAUAUACAGUAAGUUUCACGUUUGGCUAUGAAAAAUCAAUGUUAGUGAAGAGAGAGCGUAUAACGGCGACGAUGAUGCAUGUAAAUGCAGUCCUGGUUGCCAUCACGGUGGCUCUGCUAGCGUGCGCUCGUCAGCGCAUUUACUCCGACGAGCGGCGUCUCGCGGUGAACAUGACCUUUGUCCGGGAUGGUUCCGCUCUCGGAGCUUUUUGCUUGGAUGGGAGUUUGCCUGCGUAUCACCUGCACAGAGGAUUCGGGGCCGGAGCAAGAAACUGGCUUUUGCAGUUCGAGGGUGGAGGGUGGUACAAUGAUGUGAAAUCAUGCUCGGACAGAGCCAACACGCGAAGAGGAUCAACACGUUAUAUGAGCAAGUGGAAGGUCUUUUCUGGAAUUCUCAGCAAUAAUGCAUCUCUUAAUCCAGGUAUACAUACACGAAAAUUUUACAACUGGAACCGAGUGAAGCUUAGAUAUUGUGAUGGAGCUUCAUUUGCUGGAGAUGCAGUUGUUAAUAACGGGACAUCGUUGCUCUAUUUCAGAGGGCAAAAGAUUUGGGAAGCAAUCAUCCUUGAUCUUCUGCCGAAAGGUCUAGGACAAGCGCGUAAGGCUCUUUUAUCAGGUUGUUCUGCUGGUGGUUUAGCAUCAUUUUUGCAUUGUAACAACUUCACCAAAUACUUACCAAGCAACGCCAGUGUAAAAUGCUUGAGUGAUGCCGGAUUCUUUCUCGACAAACGAGAUAUAAGCUUGAACCACACCAUAGAUCUUGUGACUCUACAGGGAGUAGAGAAGAAUCUGGAGGAGAACGGUACCAAGAAUUCCGUUUAUCCCGAGCUGUGUUUCUUUCCACAGUAUGCACUGAAAUUCAUCACAACACCUUUCUUCAUAUUGAACUCAGCCUAUGACGUUUACCAGUUCCAUCACAUACUGGUUCCGCCUUCAGCUGAUCCACGCGGACAUUGGAACCGUUGCAAAUUGAAUCCUGCAGAAUGCAAUCCUGACCACCUAAAUACAUUGCAAGAAUUCAGGCGUGAUAUGAUUGUCGCGAUGGGAUUGUUCUACAAAUAUUCCAGAAGAGGAGGGAUUUUCCUCAAUUCAUGCUUUGCUCAUUGCCAAAGCGAGUCUCAAGACACAUGGUUUGGUGAUGAUUCUCCAAGAGUACACAAUAAGACGAUUGCAGAAGCAGUAGGUGAUUGGUACUUCAGCAGAACAGUAACAAGGGAAAUUGAUUGCCCAUAUCCUUGUGACACUACCUGCCAUAACCUUAUACCUUCGACUCAGGCCCUUUAAGAAGAUUUACAAGCUAUUAGCUAGGUCACAAAGGUCUUCAGGGGCUUUUCCCAAAGAAGGAGACAAAGUGAUAUACAUGGCGGAAAGGGAUUUUCUCUGGUUCCCUUUUACCAAAUUCACCCAAUUAAUCAAUCUGGAUCAUUGAAAUUUGAUCAAACGACUACAAACAUGAGAUCCCUUAUAAUAACUUUAACCGUUUGAUUAAAGGGUCCGAAUUAGAUGAUUCGAUGGAAGGGAUCCGAAAAUGAUCCCUUUCCAUACAUGGCAUAGCUUGUUCGAAAACAGGAAAAAGAAAAGCAAAUAUUCUUUCAUAUCAAUUGGAUUCAAUUCACCAAUAAAUUAUAAGUUCGUUUAUUUUUUGUUUU